AUGCCUCCCACGCGCAAGAGUAGUUCCUUGCCUCAAGGCUACGCCGAGGACAUGACCAAAGGCGCCAUGCUGCGUUUCCAGGAUUCCUUGCCACGCCUGCCAGUUCCGACGCUCGACGAGACGGCCAGGCGCUACCUCAAGUCCCUCCAGCCGCUCCUGUCCCCGGCCGAGUUCGAGCAGAGCAAGGCGGCCGUCGCCGACUUCGUCAAGCCCGGCGGCGUCGGCGCCAAGCUCCAGGAGAAACUCCUAGCCAAGAGCAAGGACGGCGCGACCAAGAAUUGGAUCUACGAAUGGUGGAACGACGCCGCCUACCUCUCCUACCGUGACCCCGUCGUCCCCUACGUCAGCUACUUCUACUCGCACCGCGAUGACCGAAGCCGGCGCAACCCGGCGAAGCGGGCGGCAGCCAUCACCGCCGCCGUACUCGAGUUCAAGAAGCUUGUCGACACGGCCGCGCUCGAGCCCGAGUACAUGAAGAAGCUGCCCAUCUGCAUGGACAGCUACCGCUGGAUGUUCAACGCCAGCCGCGUCGCCGCCCGUCCCGCCGACUAUCCCAUCAAGUUCUCCGCCGACGAGCACAAGCACAUCAUCGUCAUCCGCAAGAACCAGUUCUACCAGAUUCACCACCACGUCGACGGCAAGCAGCUCACCGCUGCCGAACUCGAGCAGCAGUUUGCCCGCGUCUACGCUCGUGCUCGACCCGUCCCCGCCGUCGGCGCCCUGACGUCGGAGAACCGUGACGUCUGGGCCGAUGCCCGCCUCACCCUCCUCGGCGCGGGCCCCGGCAACAAGCAAGUGCUCGAGGCCAUUGAGUCGUCAUCCUUUGUCGUCUGUCUCGACGAUGCGAGCCCUGUCACCCUCGAGGAGCGCGCUCAUCAGUACUGGCACGGCGACGGCGCCAACCGCUGGUACGAUAAGCCACUCCAGUUCAUCGUCAACGACAACGGUACCUCUGGCUUCAUGGGCGAGCACUCGAUGAUGGACGGCACCCCGACCCACCGCCUCAACGAUUUCGUCAACGACGUCAUCUUCGGCAAUAAGAUCGACCUCACCAGCACCGAGGUCCGCUCCAAUUUGCCCGAACCGACCUUGCUGCAGUUCGAGAUCUCGCCCGAGGUCCAGGCCGACAUUGACCGUGCCGCCGUUGACUUCCGCCGCGUCAUCUCCCAGCAUCAGCUCGCCGUCCAGGCCUACCAGGGUUACGGCAAGGCCCUCAUCAAGAAGUUCAAGUGCUCGCCCGACGCCUACGUCCAGAUGAUCAUCCAGCUCGCCUACUACAAAAUGUACGGCCAGAGCCGACCGACGUACGAGUCGGCCGCCACCCGCCGCUUCCUUCUGGGCCGCACCGAGACCUGCCGUACCGUGUCGGACGAAUCCGUUGCCUGGUGCGCCGCCAUGUGCGGUGGCAAGCCGACCGCCGCCGACGACGCCGUCGCCAAGGUCGGCCUUUUCCGGAAAGCCAUCGACGCUCACCUCGAGUACAUUACCGCCGCCUCUGACGGAAAAGGCGUCGACAGACACCUCUUCGGUCUCAAAAAGCUCCUCGGGCCUGACGAGAGCGUUCCCGCCAUCUACAAGGACCCUGCCUACGCCUACUCGAGCUCCUGGUACCUGUCUACCUCACAGCUCAGCUCCGAGUUCUUCAAUGGCUAUGGCUGGAGUCAGGUCCUAGACGGUGGCUUUGGUAUUGCCUACAUGAUCAACGAAAACAGCAUCAAUUUCAACAUCGUGUCCAAGGGCUUGGGCAGCGAUCGCAUGAGCUACUACCUCAACGAAGCCGCUGGCGAUAUGCGCGAUCUGUUGAUGCCCACGCUGGCGCCUCCCAAGGCGAAGCUGUAA